AACUUAGCAUGCAGAAUUCAGAGGGUGGAUCGGAUUCGCCGGCUUCCGUGGCUCUGUGUCCGUCGGCAGCAGCCCAGGCACCCGUGGCCCAGCCUGUGCCAGCCUCCCCGCAGAGGGUGCUGGUCCAGGCAGCCGGCUCAGCUCCCAAGGGGGCCCAUAUGCAGCCAGUCGCCCUCCCCAGAGUCCAGCAGGUGCCACAGCAGGUCCAGGCUGUACAGCACGUGUACCCCCCCCAAGUGCAGUACGUGGAAGGGGGAGACGCCGUCUACACGAAUGGAGCCUUGCGGACGGCCUAUGCCUACAACCCCGAGCCUCAGAUGUACGCCCCCAGCAGCGCGGCUUCUUACUUUGAGGCCCCAGGUGGUGCCCAGGUGACCGUGGCAGGCUCCUCCCCGCCAGCGGUCCCCUCCCACAGCAUGGUGGGCAUCGCCAUGGAUGUUGGGGGGAGCCCCAUCGUCUCCAGCGCGGGAGCCUAUCUCAUCCACGGGGGGAUGGACAGCACGAGACACUCUCUGGCCCACACUUCCCGGUCAUCGCCAGCUACGCUUGAAAUGGCGAUUGAAAAUCUCCAAAAAACCGAAGGGAUUACUUCACACAAAAGCGGUUUACUCAACAGCCAUCUCCAAUGGCUCCUAGAUAACUACGAGACGGCUGAGGGCGUGAGCCUGCCCCGAAGCUCUCUGUACAACCAUUACCUCCGGCACUGCCAGGAGCACAAGUUGGACCCCGUGAACGCCGCCUCCUUCGGGAAACUCAUCCGCUCCGUGUUUAUGGGCCUGCGGACGCGACGGCUGGGCACCAGGGGCAACUCCAAGUAUCAUUACUAUGGGAUCCGUCUGAAGCCAGACUCGCCCCUGAACCGGCUGCAGGAGGACACGCAGUACAUGGCUAUGCGGCAGCAGCCCAUGCACCAGAAGCCCAGGUACCGGCCAGCCCAGAAGACGGACAGCCUCGGAGACAGCGGCUCACACAGCAGCCUGCACAGCACGCCCGAGCAGGCCAUGGCCGCCCAGAGCCAGCACCACCAGCAGUACAUAGAUGUCUCCCACGUCUUCCCAGAGUUUCCAGCACCUGACCUGGGCAGUGUCUUACUGCAGGAUGGCAUCACACUGCAUGACGUCACGGCCCUGCAGCUGGUCUACCGGCGGCACUGUGAGGCAACCCUAGAUGUCGUGAUGAACCUCCAGUUUCACUACAUCGAGAAGCUCUGGCUUUCCUUCUGGAAUUCGAAAGCCUCAUCCGGCGACGGCCCCACCUCCCUACCUGCCAGUGACGAAGAACCCGAAAGCGCCGUCCUCCCGAAGGACAAGCUGGUGUCCCUGUGUAAAUGCGACCCCAUCCUCAAGUGGAUGAGGAACUGCGACCACAUCCUGUACCAGGCCCUGGUGGAGAUCCUCAUCCCCGACGUGCUGCGGCCCGUGCCCAGUACCCUGACACAGGCCAUCCGGAAUUUUGCCAAGAGCUUGGAAGGCUGGCUGACGAACGCCAUGAGCGACUUCCCGCAGCAGGUCAUCCAGACCAAGGUCGGCGUGGUCAGCGCCUUCGCCCAGACUCUGCGGAGGUACACAUCCCUCAACCACCUGGCGCAGGCGGCCCGGGCCGUGCUCCAGAACACGUCCCAGAUCAACCAGAUGCUCAGCGACCUCAACCGCGUGGAUUUCGCCAACGUGCAGGAGCAAGCGUCGUGGGUGUGCCAGUGCGAGGAGAGCGUGGUGCAGCGGCUGGAGCAGGACUUCAAGCUGACCCUGCAGCAGCAGAGCUCGCUGGACCAGUGGGCCAGCUGGCUCGACAACGUGGUCACCCAGGUCCUCAAGGAGCACGCGGGCAGUCCCCGCUUCCCCAAGGCCGCCCGGCAGUUCCUGCUGAAGUGGUCCUUUUACAGCUCCAUGGUGAUCCGCGACCUCACCCUGCGCAGCGCCGCGAGCUUUGGCUCCUUCCACCUCAUCCGGCUGCUCUACGACGAGUACAUGUUCUACCUGGUGGAGCACCGCGUCGCCGAGGCCACCGGGGAGACGCCCAUCGCCGUGAUGGGAGAGUUCAACGACCUCGCCUCCCUGUCGCUGACGCUGCUCGACAAAGAUGACAUCAGCGAAGACCGGGGCAGCGAGGCCGACGCAGACGCCCGCAGCCUCGGGGAGCCACUGGUCAAGCGGGAGCGCAGCGACCCCAACCACUCCCUGCCGGGUGUCUAG